UGUUUUAGAAAGCAGAAUUAGAUUGUCAAUUCUUCAAUCUUUACUCAAGAUGGUUGUUUCAAACCUUAUGUUUUUGGUGUUCUCGUGUCACCAAUUGGUGUUCAAUGGGUUUGCUUCUCCAAUUGGGCAUCUUUUAUACCAGACUGGUAGUGAGCAAGUACGCUUCGAGAAGAAAGUUUUCUUUAGGCAUUGAUGUGAAGAAUUUGCCCUCUGCCCUGUCCAGCCCCCAGCCCACCAAUGAGUCCAGCUCUCUGCUUGCUGAGUCCAGCCUCCACCAAGUUGCAGAGUCAACCACUCUCCCCUUUGAGGAGUCAGGCACUUUGCCCACUGAGGUUAAUGGGAAACUGACUGAGUCCAGCCCCCAGCCUGCCAAAGAGUACAUCCCUCUCCCAGCUGAGUCCAGCCCCCAGCCUGCCAAAGAGUACAUCCCUCUCCCAGCUGAGUCCAGCCCCCAGCCUGCCAAAGAGUACAUCCCUCUCCCAGCUGAGUCCAGCCCCCAGCCUGCCAAAGAGUACAUCCCUCUCCCAGCUGAGUCCAACCCCCACCCAGUUGCAGAGCCCAGCACUCUCCCCAUCAAGGAGUCAGGCACUUUGCCCGCUGAGGUUGAUGGGAAGCUCACAGAGUCCAGCCCUCUGCCUGCUGAGGAGUCCAGCUCUCACCCUGUUGCAGAGUCCAGCCCCCAGCCUGCCAAGGAGUCCAGUGCUAUCCCAGCUGGGGAAUCUAGCUCUCUGCCCGCUGAGGUUGAUAGGAAGCUCACGGAGUCCAGCUCUCUGCCUGCUGAGGAGUCCAGCCCUCACCCUGUUGCAGAGUCCAGCCCCCAGCCUGCCAAGGAGUCCAGUGCUAUCUCAGUUGGAGAAUCUAGCCUUCUGCCUGCUGAGUCCAACCCCCACCAAGUUGCAGAGCCCAGCACUCUCCCCAUCAAGGAGUCAGGCGCUUUGCCCGCUGAGGUUGAUGGGAAGCUGACUGCGUCCAGCCCUCUGCCCGCUGAGGAGUCCAGCCCUCUCCCCAUCAAGGAGUCAGAAUAUUUGCCCACUGAGGUUGAUGGGAAGAAGCUGAAUGAGUCCAGCCCGCACCCUACUGAGGAGUCCAGCCCUCACAAUGUUGCAGUGUCUAGUCCCCACCCUGCCAAUUAUUCCAUCUCUCAAAGUGUCAUUACUUGCCUGCUUCAACCAAGAUGUGCUUAUGCACUGAAGUCUUUUAGUAAGUUUCUCUAAAAAUCUCUCUAAAUGUGGCAUUUUCACGUCUUGUGUUUUUAAGUCCAUAAAACCAGUUAUUUUUGUGGUGAA